AUGUCGUGGGACCUGCUUCAGCGCUUCCUCGAGUCCGACGUCUUCAACUCCAAUCCCUUCCUGCCAGUCUCCUACCUGUCACGUUACGCCGACCAUGUGGGCAUUCAUUAUGUCCUGUGCAACAAGCUGCGACAGUUUCCCUACGAGGACAUCGAGUUCUUCCUGCCACAGCUAUGCCACCUUAUAAUCAGCGUCGACAACGAGUCAAUGGCUCUCGAGGAGUUCCUCCUCGACCUGUGCGAGGAAUCUGUCACGGCUGCUCUCCUGACAUUCUGGCUCUUCCAGACCUACCUCCAUGAUCUCGCCUCGAAUCCUCAGACCAGCGCCUUCCAGACCUGUCGAAGAGUGUACAACAAGGUUCAGCACAUCAUCUUUGGCCUCGCCGACACGGCGCGCCAGGACAAGAUCAAGGAGAACGUCCUCCCCGUCACCGUCCUGUCCAGCUUCGUCCUCGCCAGCGUCGCCCUGCCCAUGAUCCCCCGGUGGGCUGGCCCCCUCGCCGUCGCCCAAGCUCGCAGGCCUCAGCCCGAGGCUGACCUGACCAUCAACACGGCCGACAGGGACGACGGCCCGAAGCUGCCCCCGCCCCAGAGGGCCCACACGAUCAACACCGUGAGCUCAAAGUCCAAGAGGUCCAAGGAGAGGAAGGCAUCGGCCGCCACAAUCGCCGGCACCGCACCCGGCCGCGGCGCCGAGGCGGUAGGAGGGGCGCUGACCUCGUCGUCGUCGUCGUCCCAUCAGCGUCCGGGGAGCUCGCGGGGCAGCGCCUCUCCGCCCUCCGCGGCGGCACCGUCGCCCCCCUCGUCGACGGUCCGCAGACCCAAGAUAUCCACGGACCCAUCGAGCAAGAGGCCGUCGGCCCUGGCCAUCGCACUGCAGUCGUCCCACGAGGCUCGCAUGAGCACCGCGUCCCUACCGCUGCCCUCGCCCAGGACGCCCUCCCGCGCCACCCCCCCGCUGUCGGCCGGCGCCCACCCGGGCGACAGCCUGCGCCGGAGGCACUCCCACCACGCCAAAGUCAUACUCAGCUCGACGGACCUGACGAUGGAGCAGCGCGUGGGUUACCUGAGACAGCACUACUUCCGGUCGCAGACACAGUUCCUCACCGCUCUCGAGGGCAUCUCGAACCGCCUCGUCAUCGUCCCCAAGCCCGCCCGCAUGAGCGCUCUGCGUGCCGAGCUGGCCCUCAUCUCCCAGGACCUGCCCGCCGAGGUCGACAUCCCCAUCAUCUGCCCCCCGACCCUGGUCGAGGGGUCCCCCGGCAGAAGCUGCCACCACCGCAUCGUCCGCCUGAACCCGGCCGAGUCAACGGUGCUCAACAGCGCCGAGAAGGUGCCGUACCUGAUGAUGGUCGAGGUGCUUCGCGACGACUUCACCUUUGACCCUCAGACGCCCGACAACCGCAGGCUGCUGGCUACGCUCAUCACCCAGGGCGGCACGUCGCGUCGCCUGUUUGACCUGUCGUCGGAGACGCCGAGGGUCAACCAGACGGCACCGGCGACGCCGGAACCCAUCAUCGAUAGCGUGUUCGAGCCCGUCUCGGGCGACCUGGGAAGCUCGCCGCUGCUCAAGCCCGACGACGACGACGAGAUGCUCUCGUCGCAGCAGAAAUACGCCUCUUCCUCCUCGACCCGGCCGGCGCCCCCGUACGGCAUCCCUCGCAUGCCCAGCGGGCUCAUGUCGGCGUCGACGACUGCGCUGGACCCGCCCACGCCGCGGUCCUCGGGCCAGUCCAUCUCGAGAUCGAGCAGCCCCGGCGGGAGGAGGAUGACGCUCAACCACGGACGGCCUAGCGGGUCGAUACCGAGUGCAGCGGUCUCUGCAUCGUCAGUCGCGGCUGCGACGACGACGACGGCGGCGGCGGCGGCGGCGGCGGCGGUGGCGGGAGCCGACCAGCCCGACUUCUCGGCGCUGGCGACGCACAUGCGCACCGCGUCGCAGAUGCUGGCGCAGCUGGACGCGACGAGCGGCAAGCGGCCCAAGCAAGAGGUGGCGGCGAUCCGGUCCAAGAUCAUCGCCAGCAUGCAGAGCCUGGAGGAGAAGAGCUUCGACACGGACGACCACGGCCCGACCUUCGACACCAUCAUGGCCAAGUCGGCGGUGGCGUCGGACAACAACGGCGGCGGCGGCAUCGACAACGACAGCACCAACCCCGACCUGGAGGACGAGGCGCAGAUCGACAAGGCGCUGGACGCGAACAACAUCAACGCCAGCGCCGGACGGGAGCGCAUGGAGAACGACUUCAAGACGGGUGGCGUUCAGAGGCGCGGGGACCGGGACGACCCGUCGGCGGCCGUGUUCGGCGAGGCCUGGGAGGCCAAGAAGGAGCGGAUCCGCAAGUCGUCACCGUACGGGUGGAUGAAGAACUGGGACCUGGUCAGCGUCAUCGUCAAGACGGGAUCGGAUCUGCGGCAGGAGGCGUUUGCGUGCCAGCUGAUCCGCGUGUGCCACCGGAUCUGGACGGACGCGUCGGUGGACGUGUGGGUGAAGCAGAUGCGCAUCCUGGUGACGGGAGAGUCGUCGGGUCUGAUCGAGACCAUCACCAACGGCGUGUCGCUGCACUCGCUCAAGCGCAGCCUGACGCUCGCACUCGUCGAGUCAGGCCAGAACCCACGCCACCGCAUCGCCACGCUGCGAGACCACUUCCUCAAGGCCUUCGGGCAGCCCGAUAGCGAACCCUUCCGCGCCGGUGUGGAGGCCUUCAAGCGCUCCCUGGCGGCCUACAGCAUCAUCUCGUAUGUCCUGCAGCUCAAGGAUCGGCACAACGGCAACGUCCUCAUCGACUCGGAGGGUCACAUCAUCCACAUCGAUUUCGGCUUCAUGCUCUCCAACUCUCCCGGCUCCGUCGGCUUCGAGGCUGCCCCCUUCAAGCUGACGCACGAGUAUGUCGAUGUCCUUGGGGGGCUGGGAUCUCCCGACUUUGAAGAUUACAAGAGGUUGUGCAAGCAAGCGUUUCAAGACAACAUUAUAGACCUCGUAUCCAUGAUGGGUCGAGACUCGCAGAUGCCGUGCUUCGCCGCGGGUGUGGUCCAGACUACCAAUGCCCUCCGUCAGAGAUUUCAACUCCAUCUCUCUGCUGAAGAGGCUGAGCAUUUUGUCGACACGGAUCUUGUUGCCAAGUCUUUUGGGAGUUAUUACACGCGACUUUAUGACACUUUCCAAUAUCGCACGCAGGGUAUCUACUAG